CGCGGGCGGGACCCGACGGGGCUGCCUCGACCGGUGUCCCCGCGGGUGCCAGAGCGGGGCAGGGGGCGGAGGGGCUGUCCCCGUGCCCCGGGGAGGCGGGGGUCGGUGCGGCCGGAGCGGCGGCUCCGCGCCUCUGACUCUGCCCAAUGAGAGCCCGCAGCACGGCGGCCGCUGUCAGUAUUUGGCCACGGCCCCCGCGCUCCCAUCCCCACUUCGCCCUCCGCGCUACGAAGCUCUACGGCCCGGCACGAUCGUCCCUUUCCUCGCUGCUCGGGGGGCGCCGGCCCCGCUGAGCGCUCCGGGACCCCUUCGAGGAGCCCCCAGACCCAGCCUAGGACUUUCUUGAGGACCAUCCCGGCCCGGGACCCCUUUGGGACACCCCCUCCCUGAGCCAGGACCCUCUCGGGGACCCCCUCGGAGCCCCUCCCCGCCUCCCAUCCUAGGGUUCCCUCGGGGAGGAGGCUCGGGACCCCUUCGAGGACACCCCGGGACCCCUUCCCUGCCUCGGGACCCUCUUUGGAAACCCCCAACAGGCUCGGGACCCCCUCCAGGGCAUCUUUCCCCGGUUCGGGACCCCCUUUGGAGACCCCCCCUCGAUUGAGGACCCCCCUUUUGGAGAUCUCUCCCCGACAAGGGACCCUCUUUGGAGAUUUCUCCCCGGCUCGGACCCCCUUCAGAGACCCCCCCUCGGCCAAGAGAACCCCUCCAGGACACUCGGGACCCCCUCCCUUGUCUGGGAUCCCCUUGGCAGCCCCCCAGGAUGCGCUCAGCCGCGGGGUGCCGGGCGGGGGUCGCUCAGCGCGGAGCCGGCAGCGGCACAGCGGCUCCGUGACGGGCAGGAAUAUCCCCCCCCUCCGCCUCUACUCCGAUCAUCCCGGUCCUUUCUCCGCCUGGAUCCCGCCGCGGGGAGCUAUGCUCAGCCCAAACCGCUUGGAAGCGUCUCCUGGGAUCGCCGUGGUUCCCGGGAGCGCGGAGUGCGGAGCCUUCCUCCCCCGGGUGGGAGCAGCCCCGCGGCUCUGCCUGCCCCUCGUCCUCCUCCUCCUCGCCCUGACGCCCCGCGCCGACUGCUCCUGGUGGUACAUCGGGGCGCUGGGCGCGAGGGUGAUCUGCGACAACAUCCCCGGGCUGGUGAACAAGCAGCGGCAGCUGUGCCAGAGGUAUCCCGACAUCAUGCAGUCUGUCGGGGAGGGAGCCAAGGAGUGGAUCCGGGAGUGCCAGCACCAGUUUCGGCACCACCGCUGGAAUUGCAGCACCCUGGACCGGGAUCACACCGUCUUCGGCCGGGUCAUGCUGCGAAGCAGCAGGGAGGCUGCGUUCGUCUAUGCCAUCUCCUCGGCCGGCGUGGUCUACGCCAUCACGCGGGCCUGCAGCCAAGGGGACCUGAAGGCGUGCAGCUGUGACCCCCUCAAGAGGGGCCGCUCCAAGGAUGAGCGCGGGGAGUUCGACUGGGGCGGCUGCAGCGACAACAUCAACUACGGGAUCCGCUUUGCCAAAGCCUUCGUGGAUGCCAAGGAGAAGAAAGUGAAGGAUGCCCGAGCGCUGAUGAACCUGCACAACAACCGCUGCGGGAGGAUGGCUGUGAAGCGGUUCCUGAAGCUGGAAUGCAAAUGCCACGGUGUCAGCGGCUCCUGCACGCUAAGGACUUGCUGGCUGGCGAUGUCAGAUUUCCGGAAGACGGGGGAUUACCUGCGGAAGAAAUACAACGGAGCCAUCCAGGUGACCAUGAACCAGGAUGGCACUGGCUUCACGGUAGCCAACAAGAACUUCAGGAAGCCCACGAAAACAGAUCUAGUGUAUUUUGAGAACUCACCUGAUUACUGCGUGAUGGACAAGUCCGCAGGCUCCCUGGGCACAGCCGGCCGCGUGUGCAGCAAGAUGUCCCGUGGGACGGAUGGCUGUGAGGUGAUGUGCUGCGGGCGAGGCUACGACACCACCCGCGUCACCCGUGUCACCAAGUGCGAAUGCAAGUUCCACUGGUGCUGCGCUGUGCGCUGCAAGGAGUGUGAGGACACUGUGGACGUACACACGUGUAAAGCACCAAAACGGGCCGAGUGGCUGGACCAGACCUGAGGAGACGGGAGCACCAAGGAGAAAACCCACUGCCACCCUCACCUUGCCAUUUGUUCGGACCCCGAGGGCCGUGGCGCUCCGGGAGCUGCAGUUCGGCUGCAUGGCUGUUAUUUAAUUGAUUUUGCAAAGCACUAAAGGCAGGACUGCACCUCCCAGGAGGGGCUGCGGACCCUCUGUUUGCUCAGCAGAACUCAUCCCCCGCCUACGAGGAGUCUGCAAGCCUUGCUUAAACUGUGGAAGCGAUGCUGCCCAGCCUUCUCCCAGCAAAGGGACGGAGCAAGGAUUCGUGCUGGCAGGGGCGAGCGUCAGGAUGCAACGGCCAAGGGACGCGGCUCCUCCGCAGAGAACUGACACCACAGGCGAGUUUCACCAGCAAAAAACACUAGUUCAGAAUAUCCCACUCUUGCAGAAAGCAUCUUGGCUUUUCCUCUUUUUGCAAGGCCAGAGGAAGGGUGUCACGAAUCCAUCGGUUCCGUGAUCCCUGCCUUUCCCUGGAGCAGCCCCAGCACAGCCCCUGGCCAUGCUGCUGAUCCUGCAGAGCCAGAGCAGCCUUUGCUUCUCCCAGCAAAGGUGACACGUGGAACUGGAACUUGGAACUGAAAGCUGAGUGACUGCACAAGGGUAAGGGCCGGCCAUGGGAGCUGGAGGACGUGGAGCGGUAGAGAAAGCAAACAGAGUCUGUGAAUUCACUGGUAGGUUCUGAAGUCAACAGAUCGAGCAGUGUCUCUGUAACCCUCACUUGUAUGUUGUGUAUACUGCUUAUUAUUUUAAGUCAAAAUUCAUUAUAAACCUGUAUCAGACA